AUGGCGGGUGUGGGACACACAGCGCCUGCUACAGAGGUUUCUAGUAGCAAGAGACGGGAAUACAUCAAUCCGAUCAUACCAGGAUGGAACUCUGACCCCAGUUGUGUUUUCGUUAAAGAGCAUGACAAUACGCUCUUCUGCACGACUUCUUCUUUUCUCGCCUACCCUGGGGUUCCGGUGUAUGCUUGCAAGGACUUUACCAAUUGGAAACUCGCUUCCCACGCCAUUGCCCGCCCCGAUCAGCUUCCCGAGCUCGCCACGAGCGGUGGAGGACCAGGGCAGCAAAGCGAGGGUAUCUGGGCUUCGACAAUUCGAUACAGAAAUGGAACGUUUUAUCUGAUCACGAGUUAUAAUAACUGGCGGCCAUGGAGUCCUAAGAUUCUCUUAUUCAGGACGACGGAUCCGUUCAAAGAUGGCUGGGAGGGCCCGUUGAGGAUGGAAGACCCAGGCGACGAUAUUGACCCCGACCUGUUCUGGGAUGACGAUGGAAAGGCCUACGUAUCUGUCGCUGCUGGUAUUUAUAUCUGGGAAGCAGAUCUCACGACGGGAAAAGCUAUCGGCGAUACGUUCAAAGUAUGGAAUGGAACAGGUGAUCGGAACCCGGAAGGACCACAUUUAUACAAGAAAGACGAUUUUUAUUAUCUGCUCAUUGGUGAGGGGGGAACUGAGACAAAUCACUCAGUCACAAUCGCUCGCUCGAAAAGCAUCCGAGGGCCAUACGAGGGCUACGAAAAGAACCCGAUCUUGACAGCCAAGAACACCGACAAUUACUAUCAGACGGUUGGCCAUGCUGAUCUGUUCGAAGACGCCUCAGGAAACUGGUGGACUGUUGCUUUGAGCACUCGAUCCGGUCCUGAAUGGCUCAACUACCCCAUGGGACGCGAGACCGUUCUGACACCUGCGACAUGGAAGAAAGGCGAAUGGCCAGUCAUCGAACCUGUCCGCGGGAAACAGUCUGGUCCACUACCACCAAUUAACAGAAAAGUCCCCGGAAGUGGACCUUGGAUAGAUGAGCCUGAUGUUGUAGAUUUCAGACCCGGAAGCGCACUUCCACGUCAGUUUGUCCACUGGAGAAUCCCAAAAGAAGACCUUUUCACCAUCUCCCCGCCUGACCAUCCAAACGCCUUGCGCAUGUCUCCUUCCCGGGUCAAUCUCACAUCUGACGCAACUUACCAACCUACUGAAGAAGGUCUUGGUUUCAUAGCGCGCAAGCAGACCAGCACAAAAUUCUCCUUCAGCGUCAAUCUCUCUUUCAAGCCUACGACAAGCAGCGGUGAGGCAGGUAUCACUGUAUUCCUCACACAAUUGCAACACAUUGAUCUCAGCAUCGUGAACCUUCCAGGCAGCUCAGACAAUAAGACUCUCGCGCCCCAUUUGAAAUUCGGCGUCGAAGCGUCUGGGAAACCUAACGAGACGGUCCCAGAAACAAACACAAUCCCCAUCCCGCGAUCAUGGCUUUCACAUCCGAUAAACCUGAAAGUCGAGGCUGUGGAUGAAUACAAGUACGUUUUCUCGGCUGCGUCUACGAAUCAUGCAUCGCAAGUCGUCCGCGUGGGUGAUGCGGAUGCAACUAUUGUAUCCGGAGGAAGUGGGCCGUUUACAGGUAAGUUGUGGAGACUCAAAGAAGGAUUUGCGAAGCUAAUUCUGACAGGUACACUCGUUGGUGCCUUCAACACUAAGAAUGGCAACGAAGCUGAAACUGCCCCUGCGUACUUUAGUCGAUGGAUAUACACUCCAAUCGCGCAAGCGGUUGACGAGGGAGUCUACGUCUCGGCGUCUCACAACUAG